AUGUGCGUCGAGGGCCCUUCGGAGACCGAGAACACACUCUGGACGUUCGGCAACGGCUGGUAUGGCAGGUUGGGCCUCGGAAGCCAGGAGUCUCACAGCCGCCCGGCGCGCGUGAAGCUGCCGAAGACCGGGGUGCGAGAGCUCUCGCUGGGCGUCGACCAUGCAGCUGCUAUCACCCUGCAAGACGAGCUCUUCCUCUGGGGCAAAGGCUCGCUCCUGGGCGAGGUCCAGAAUGUGUUGCAGCCGAAGCGCUUCUUGAUCGAGGGCAGCUCGCACUUCAAGCUUGUCGUUUGUGGGGAGCUCGAGACGUUUCUGGUGGACAGAGCCGGCCACCUCCUGGCCUGGGGCUCCAACCGCUACGGGCAGCUGGGCCUAGGCCAGCAGAGUGGCUUACAUGUGGCAGUGCCGUCGCAUGUGAAGCCGCUGCAUGAACCUGUUACUGACAUCGUGUCCGGCGGCAACUUCACCAUCGCAAGCCUCGAGAGCGGCGACGUUUGCGCCUGGGGCAACCAGACGUGCGGACGCUUGGGCCUCGUGGAAACCAAGGACGAGCGGAUCUGCUGGGAGCCCUCCUUGGUUGUCGCCACAUGGUCCACCGUUGCGACGGCAGCUCGCCCCCAGCAGUCGCGGAAGACCGUGCGCUCCAGCAAAGACACGGAGAGCGUGGCCGGGAAGACCGAGAAGUCGGAGGAGACGGCGACGGCAACAGCAAAGGGCACCAAGGACAGAACGCAGAACGUUGUAAGCUUCGUGAUCUUGCAGACAGUUCUCAAGCAGGAGGACACGAAUCAACAAGAAAGCGCCUUGAAAAAGGAUGCGGAGGAGUUUGAGCAAAUGGUGCAGGAGUUGAUCCAGGAGAUCCGAAGCCUUCGCGACGAGGAGGAAGGCCUCCGCAAGAAGAUCAUGCAGCUGGGCGAUUCCGUGGUGACGAGUCUUCGCUGGUGGCCCCAUGUCGCUCAGCCAAACACCGCAAGCCCGCUUGUGGACGAGCGGAUGCCGAAGCAGACUGCGACCUACAGCCGCAUGCUCUGGCUCCUCCAGCAGCAGCCCCUCUACCUGGCACAGCUGUCGCAGUACAUCAGGGACGAGGAUGACACGGACACGUUCCUUGGCACCAUCCGCGCCCUUUAUGGAGACACUGCAGAUCCUAGGUGCCAGCACCUGCUGAACUCCCUGCUGAAGAUCAUGAUCUCCAAGGAAGCAGAGAAUGCAGGUCAAGAGCAGCAGUUCUUGAACAGCAAGGGGUCCUCGAUGGCCUUCAAGGUCUUCUCACAGCAGGCGCUUCUCCAGGCCUUUGCCAAACAGGUGAUGCACCCUUUCCUCGGAUCCAAGUCGAAAGAUCUGCCGCAGGAAUCCAUCCUGGAGCUCGUGGGCGCCAUCUCCAGCAGCAGCUCCAACACCGGCUUCUGCCUGAGCUACGGCGACUUCAAGGAGAAGCUGGGACCUGAGGAUAAGAGCAAGGAGGAGGUGGAGUUGAAGAACAUUUACACCAUCGGCCUCAAUUCCUUCCGGCAGUUCCUCAUGGACAAAUUCCUUGCGGUCGUCCGGAGCAUGGAUUUGCCCCUGUUCAUGAAGCUUGCCUUGCGCAAUGUGGCGCAUGCAGCCCAGAGAUGGAAGGAUUCUCCCAGUCUCCAGGACAUCGAGCGAGACCUGCGCCCCUACCUUCCGGCCCUACGUCUCUUUGUCUACGGCGUGAUGGAUCCGCUGCUGCGGGAAAGCGUGCGCUUUGCAGUGCCCGAGUUUUUCCUAAAGAAGACGUCCAACGAUUUCAAGCCGGACGAGCCACAAACCGCCAUGAAUCUGGAUGCCGUCGCCGACUUCUUAGAUCAAAUGCUCUGCAACAGCAUCGACCCCAAAGAGAAGGCUUUGAACUCUGCGGCCAAGCUUCUGAAGGAGGAGCUGCUCGGAUUCAUUCGCGACCAGUGCUCCGUGGAGGACACCACUGGACCGGAUCUGCUUGGCGCCGUGCUGAAAGCUCACUUCUCCCAGGAACAGUGCUGCGUGACCAUGUUGCAGGCUGAGAUCAUGAAGCUGUCGAACCUCCUGAAGGAGUACAGCAGCAAGUUGCGGAUCAAGGAGCAUGACGAGCUGGAUGCGUGCUCCCAGAAGACUCCUGACUGGGAGAAGGAGGUGAUCAUGAUCACGGAGCGCUACGAUGUGCCCCUCAACUUCCGCCUCAACUGCCGAUUCAUGAUCGAUGAGAAGGACAUUGCAUUGUGCCAUCAGUCGCAAUGCCCACUUCCGACGUCAGUGUGCAGUUCGCAGACAUCUCAGGAGCUUGUAAAUAUCGACGAGGACGCCAUCGUCUCUGAGCAAGGUGCCUUCUUCGAGUCCCUCUUCCGCCGGCUGCCCCCGGUGCAAAGCAAAAGCUUCCAGCAGCUGCAGCUCGGAUGGUGCGCACAGAGGGGUUCGUAG